AUGGCGGAAAGGAAUGGAAAUGGUUGUUCGGAGAUGCAACGGAGGUGUACGGAAUUUUCUAAUUGGAUUGACAGUGAUGGCUUUAUUGAUAUAGGAUGCUCUGGCCCAAAUCAUACUUGGUAUCGAGGUAACUCUUCUGCUACUUUCAAAUCAUCUAGACUUGAUAGAGGUUUAAUCAAUGAAGAAUGGAGAUUGUGUUUUGGAGAAGGAGCUUUGCGUAAUCUCCCUCGUACUGCUUCCGAUCAUUGCCCAAUCCUGAUAAGCACGACAGGCUUUGCUCUAAUAAACUCGAGUUUGAAACCUUUUCAGUUCCAAGCGGCGUGGUUACACCAUGAGAAAUUUGAGGAAUUUGUCCUUGCAAAUUGGCGCAAUGAAAUGCCUAUUAUCCCUUUUUUGAAAACCUUUGCUGAAAAGUUGAACUAG